AGAGAGAGAGAGAGAGAGAGAGGGGCCUGCACGCUGAUGUCUGAGCUCCGCACCGGGACGCAGCGCUGCGGUUGAUCCGGUUUGGCCAUGGCGCAGCCGAGGAAACCCGGACAUAUUCGGUGUGGAUGAAGGACGCGUUGCGCAUCGGAUAAACCGGGAGAACUUAUUCUCCAGUGAGGAUAACCGGGAAGCCCGAGCUCUUUGGAAACGCUUUAAUUGCCAAUAAUGAUUUGAAUCUGUUUUGGUAAACUCUCGCUUGGGAUAAUCAUCAAGACCCCCUUGGUGGUCCCUGAACCUCACUUUGGGUACGCAUUGACCCCUAAAAAGACUAAUCCUCGGCUGUUUUUCCAGGCUGUUGUUGUUUAUUUGUUUGCACCCGCAGUAUUUGGAGGGGUAAACAGUGCCAACAGCAGCAGCCAUGAUGGAUGCGGCGGAGUGCGGGGUGAGAGUGAUGUGUCGCUUCAGGCCUCUGAACGAGUCCGAGAUAAACAGAGGAGACAAAUACAUCCCCAAAUUCAAGGAGGACGACACGGUGGUCAUAACGGGUAAACCGUACGUGUUCGACCGCGUGCUGCCUCCCAACACGUCACAGGAACAAGUGUACGACCAGUGUGCCAAACAGAUCGUCAAAGAUGUGCUGGGCGGUUAUAACGGGACCAUCUUCGCCUACGGACAGACGUCCUCCGGGAAGACACACACCAUGGAGGGCAAACUGCACGACUCCCAGCUGAUGGGGAUCAUUCCUCGCAUCGCCCGCGACAUCUUUGACCACAUCUACUCCAUGGACGAGAACCUGGAGUUCCACAUCAAGGUUUCCUAUUUUGAAAUCUACUUGGACAAGAUCAGAGACCUGCUGGAUGUGUCCAAGACGAACCUUGCUGUGCAUGAAGACAAAAACAGAGUUCCCUAUGUCAAGGGCUGUACUGAGCGUUUUGUGUCCAGUCCAGAGGAGGUGAUGGACGUCAUCGAUGAGGGCAAAAACAAUCGGCACGUGGCAGUCACAAACAUGAAUGAGCACAGCUCUCGCAGCCACAGCAUCUUCCUCAUCAACAUCAAGCAGGAGAACAUGGAGACGGAGAAGAAGCUGUCGGGGAAGCUCUACCUGGUCGACCUGGCGGGCAGCGAGAAGGUCAGUAAGACGGGAGCAGAGGGAGCCGUGCUGGAUGAGGCCAAGAACAUCAACAAAUCUCUCUCCGCUCUGGGAAACGUCAUCUCAGCUCUCGCCGAGGGAACUAAAUCCCAUGUGCCGUACAGAGACAGUAAGAUGACUCGGAUCCUGCAGGACUCUCUGGGGGGAAACUGUCGCACCACCAUCAUCAUCUGCUGCUCGCCUUCAGUCUACAACGAGGCUGAGACCAAGUCCACGCUCAUGUUUGGACAGAGAGCCAAGACCAUCAAGAACACAGUGUCGGUGAACCUGGAGCUGACGGCUGAGGAGUGGAAGAAGAAAUAUGAGAAGGAGAAGGAGAAGAACAAGAACCUGAAAACCAUCAUCCAGAGGCUGGAGGCUGAACUCAACCGCUGGAGGAACGGGGAGAAUGUUCCUGAGGACGAGCAGCUGAGCUCCAAAGAUCAGAAGAGCGUGGAGCCGUACGACAACACUCCCGUCAUCGACAACCUGCAGCCUGCUGGAGGAGGCGUCUCAGUCCCCGGGGACGAGCGGAGCAAAUACGAGGAGGACAUCACCAACCUCUACAAACAGCUGGACGACAAGGACGAUGAAAUCAACCAACACAGUCAGCUGGCUGAAAAACUCAAGGAGCAGAUGAUGGACCAGGAAGAGCUGCUGGCAUCUACGCGGCGUGACUAUGAGAAAAUCCAGGAGGAGCUGUGCCGGCUGCAGACGGAGAACGAGCUGGCCAAGGAGGAGGUGAAGGAGGUGCUGCAGGCGCUGGAGGAGCUGGCCGUCAACUACGACCAGAAGAGCCAAGAGGUGGGGGAGAGAGAUCAGGCCAACCUGCAGCUGAUCGAGGAGCUGCAGCACAAGACGUUGUUGCUGUCGGCAGUGCAGGGGGAGCUGAGUCAGCUGCAGGAGCUGAACGGCCUGCAGAGGAAAAGAGCCGCUGAAGUCCUCAACCUGCUGCUGCGUGACCUCAGCGACAUCGGCGCCAUCAUCGGCACCAGUGAUGUGAAAGCUGCCGCAUCCUCAGAGACGAAGGGGAACGGCUCGGCGGUGGAGGAGGAGUUCACCGUGGCUCGCCUCUACAUCAGCAAGAUGAAGUCCGAGGUCAAGUCCUUGGUGAACCGCAGCAAGCAGCUGGAGAGCGCUCAGGCCGACGCCCACCGCAAGAUCCAGGCCAAUGAGAAGGAGCUGGCGUCCUGUCAGCUGCUCAUCUCACAGCACCAGGCCAAGAUCAAGUCACUGACUGACUACAUGCAGAACAUGGAGCAGAAGAAGAGGCAGCUGGAGGAGAGUCAGGACGCUCUGAGUGAGGAGCUCGCCAAACUGCAGGCUCAUGGUAAAACAAGACAUGAGAUGUUGGGAGAGGAGAAGGAGAAGGAGGACAUCGGCAGAUCGGAUGGAGACGAGGACAUCAAGAAAACGCUGCAGGAGCAGCUGGAGAACCACAGGGAGGCUCAUCAGAAGCAGCUCAGCCGCCUCCGAGACGAGAUCGAAGACAAGCAGAGGAUGCUGGACGAACUCACAGAUCUCAACCAGGGUCUGUUAUUGGAGCAGGAGAGGCUCAUGUCGGACUACGACAAACUGAAGUCUGAGGAGCAGGAGAAGGAUGCAAAGCUGGAUAAACUCAUAAUGCUAAAUGAACAGAGGGAGCAGGCCAGAGAAGACCUGAAGGGCCUGGAGGAGACUGUGGCCAAAGAGCUGCAGACUCUACACAACCUGCGCAAACUCUUCGUUCAGGACCUCACCACGCGGGUUAAGAAGAGUGCAGAGCUGGACUGUGAGGAGGGACUCGGCAACGUGGCCCAGAAACAGAAGAUCUCCUUUCUGGAGAACAACCUGGAACAGCUCACCAAGGUCCACAAGCAGCUGGUCCGAGACAACGCAGACCUUCGCUGCGAGCUGCCCAAGCUGGAGAAGCGUCUGCGGGCCACAGCUGAGCGAGUCAAAGCCCUGGAGAACGCCCUGAAGGAGGCCAAGGAGAACGCCAUGAGGGACCGAAGGCGCUACCAGCAAGAGGUGGACCGCAUCAAAGAGGCCGUCCGGGCCAAGAACAUGACCAGGAGGGGGUUCUCCGCACAGAUCGGUGAGCUGAAAGUCAGAUUUGAGACUUGGACAGACGACAAAAUAAAAUAUGCUACUGAAGUUAUUUAUUUCUUUGUGCUUCAGCAAAGCCCAUCCGACCAGGACAUCCCCCCAUGUGGUCCCCCAUCAGCAGCUCCAUCAGAGCCGGAGGCACCCACAACAACUGAAACCACAACAGCAAGUGACCCCUACAGACCAUAAAACAACUCGACGCAUGCCCACCUCCGCACCUGGAACCACAAGCCCCGCCCCUCCUGUUGGAGCACCAAUGGGAGGCCAUCACGACAGACUGUCACCGCUCAGAGACACAACAUCCAAACAUCCAUAGUGUUUAUACUGAUAUGAGAUGUAAACAUAUUUAAUUUGCUGAAUGUAGAUAUCAGAGGCCUCAUUUAGAAAAUGUUAUGCUAGAUGUCCUAAAUUAUGCUUUUAGGUAAAAAACAAAACCUGACCAAACCUCCUGAUUAUAGAUGUUUUAUUUGUAUUUAUAAUUGUGCAUUAUGUUGCAUAAUUACAAGCAUUCCAUUUAUAAAUGAGGCCCUGAGUUUCUCUCUGAAGGAAUGAGACACAAACAAGAAGUUUAGCAGGUAACUUGUUGCAUUAUUAUUUAUGUUGUGACUAUAUGUUUGUACUGCUUGAAGAAGCAGAAUAUGGGGUUAGGAUUUAAUCUCAAACCAGCAUUUAUUCUUUUAAAGGAAUUGUUUGACAUUUUGGGAAACAUGCUUAUUGUUGCCGAGAGUUAAAUGAAGAGAUUAACCACUUAUAAAGCUUUAUGAAUAUUUUUCAGAAAUGUCAAACUAUCCCUUUUAGAAAUACAUGUUUUGGGGUUUAACAGUGGAUGUAAUUGCAGCUAAAGCAUUUGAGUUUCUCACCUUGAUAAAGUUGAAGGUUACAGCUGGAGUUUUAGUGGAAGUGGGGAUGAAGUGAAGCCACUUUGUGCAGACAAGAAGCAGCAAAAAUAAUUGUGUUAAAGCAUUUUUCACCUUGUCUGCAUUCCUAUACUAAAACCUAUGCUAAUAUUUUUUGUUUUUUUUACUUUUUCUUAUAUUUUUUCCUGUCAUAGUUCCAUUUCUUUUUAAAAUUUACCCCUGAAAUGACAAAAGACAAGAUGUAAACGAUACUUUGGUGUUUCAUUCUGUUUCAACUUUCUUACUUUACAUUUCAUUCAACUUGUUUGUUUUUUUCUUUUUAUAAAAUGAACCAAAACCCAAAAAGAUUUUGGGUAGAUAAUGAGAAUAAGUAUUUGAAGAAAUUUAAAUAGUACAAUGCUUUAAAUCAUACAAUUGAGAGGAUAUUCAGUUUGC